UCAGGUGAAUUAAUACAGUUCAGUCUUUUGCUUCAAACUGUCACCACUAACACCAGACUUUUUCAGUUGUCCUUUUUACAUCUUUUUUUUCUCAGUUCAGGAAAUAGAGUUGCUUCAUAGAAGAAUCGUAACUAUGGAUGCUAUACAAGCUGCAAAUACAGCUUUUUCAGUUGAUCUAUUCAAAAAACUCUGUGAACUGGACAAAAAUGCUAAUUUUAUUUUUACUCCACUUUCCAUGUCAACUUCUCUUGCUCUAGCAUAUAAAGCAGCUAAUGGUGACACAGCAACCCAGAUAAAACAGGGGCUCCAUCUAGAAGAUGUCAAAGAUAUUCCAUUUGGAUUCCAGACAAUUACCUCUGAUGCUUCCAAACUUAGCGCAUUUUAUUCAUUAAAAAUGGUUAAGCGGCUUUAUGUAGAAAAAUCCCUUAACCCUAAUGUGGAAUUCAUCAGUUCUGUCAAAAGGCCCUUCCCAUCAGAAUUUGAAGUUGUAGAUUUUAAAGAAAAGCCAGACUUCUCACUUAGCAACAUAAAUUCUGAGCUCAAAGAACUUACUACCAGUAAAAUGGAGAACAUUUUGAUUGAGGAGAGUGUCAAUGGUGAGACCAAGAUAAUCUUGUUAAAUGCAGCCUAUUUUAUAACAAACUGGAUGAAGAAAUUUCCUGAGGCACAAACCAAAGAAUGCCCAUUCAGAAUAAGCAAGACGGAAACCAAACCUGUACAGAUGAUGAACUUGGAAGCUACAUUAUGCUUGGGCUACAUAAAUGAUUUAAAAACCAAGAUUCUGGAACUCCCAUGUCAUAAUAAACAUAUAAGCAUGCUUAUCUUACUACCUAAAGAUCUAGAGGAUGAUACAACUGGAUUGGAACAGCUUGAGAAGGAGAUCACCCCAGAGAAGCUGGUACAGUGGACCAAUCCUAGUGUGAUGGCAAACAGUAGAGUUAAUGUGUUCCUCCCCAAAUUUAAAGUGGAAAGUGAAUAUGACUUCAAACCCAUUUUAGAAAGCCUUGGUAUGACUCACAUGUUUGAUGAGAAUGCAUCAGAUUUCUCUGAAAUGUCAGAGUCAAAAGGCAUUGUUCUUUCCAAGAUCAUUCACAAAGUGUCUCUGGAAGUAAUUGAAGAAGGAGCAGAAUCUCGAGACGUUCCUGGAUACCGGAUCCUACAGCACAAAGAUGAAUUUAAUGCAAAUCAUCCUUUUCUUUUCUUCUUUAAGCACAACAAAAGUCGCAGUAUUGUAUUUGCUGGUAGAUUCUGUUCUCCUUAAACAGAACUGCCUAUAAAGAAACCUGUUAUCAAUAUUUUCUGGGUAUGAAAUAUUCAAAGGUAAUCUACACAGUUUCUCUUGUUAAUUGAGUUGAAUAACUUCCUGUUCAAAUGAAUUUACAGAGGAGUGGCCAUAUCAGUUAGUUGUAGCAAAAAUAAGUGUAAAGACACCUAAAAGACUAAAAUAAUUUAUUAUGGCAUAUCUUCUAGUGAACCAUAGUUGAAUUUAUCAGCUAGAUAUUAUACACCAAAGUUGGGAAGAUGGUUUCUUGUUUACAUAUAAAAUAAACCUGAGAACAAAUUCAGCAAAAUGUUUGAUAGGUAGCAAUAAAACAAUUUGCAAAGUUGUGAUGUCUCCAGAAUACUGCAGUUUGUUUUAUGCUCAUUGGCAAUAUUAACUUUAUUGAACUGUCUAGCUAGGGAAGACCUCGUAUGAGUUUCUUCAGAUCUUAAAAAAUCUUGAAUUAGUUAAAUCACUAAUUUGUGACUGGAAUAUCAGAAGUUUUAUAUCUGUAGUGAGACAUUAAUCAAUUAAUGUAGAUUUUUUUUCUUAAAUAUGUUUAACAGUAAAAUAUGUUCUUGUUUUUUUAAUUAAUAUUGGGAAGUUAUUAACUUAGAUUACCUUCAUUUGUUCCAAAUAAAGCAUUGCAAAA